AAGGGAAAUACGGGGGUGGGAGCGUGGUCGUUAUUCAGUAUAUUAGUUCAUAGCGUGACUCCUCAAAUGCAGUCCUUCAACAAACGUUGAAGCAUUUAUUAUUGAGUUUAAGAUCAAAUCUUCCAAUUAAUAAUUCAUAUCUUUAAAGAAUACAGUAAAAAGAAAAAAAAACAUUAUAAGCUGAGAGCGCGAUUUUUUAAAUCCCGUCUGUUAAAUAUUCAUACUCUCACGACCUUCGACAACAACAAAUACAAGAAAAAUAAAAUUCAAAAUAAAAAAAUUCCAAUUUUGAUUUCAAAAAAAGAGUUUUUUAAAAUGAGACUAUUCGCUUUGAGAGUAGCAGUGUGUUUCAUAAUUCUCAGCUUCCUUGCCUUUGCAACUGAGGGAUUCCCCCCAGGUGACUCAGAAGUGGUAGAUAUUAAUCAAGAAAAAAGGCUUUGGACAACCCAAAAAUUAAUUGAAGCACUCGAGAACAUGAGGCAAAUUCCUCAAUGGCACUGUCUCCGUUACAGAAAAUUUGAUUUGGUUCGCCGAUGCAGAAAUUAUCGCUUAGCAAGAAAGCACUGACAAACAAAGUAUUAUCAUUCACCGAAUAAGCUCAUUAAUCCUUAUUUCACGUUACGUCAACAACAACCAAAACUGUAUAAAGACCCUUUUCAUCCCACAUUUUAAAAUUUAACUUAAUUAGAAACUAUACAAAACUUCCAUUCACAUUUUUUCAAAAAAGAAAAAAAAUCCAAACCGACCGAAUUUAAUUUCUUCCAUUUAGAAUUCAACUAAUAGUGCAUACUUUAUAAGUAGACUAUUAGUUUUAACGAACCAUAGUUUAAAACCAAGAGAUUUUAAAGAUAGGUGAAAGAAAAUUCAAAAGAAAGGAAAAAUUCGUUCAGAUAAAAGUAGAGAAAAUUAAAUCCUAUUUUACAGAUUAAAUCUAUAUUUUUGAAGAUAAAAAGUCCCUAUUUAUGAUGAUGAUAAUUAAAAUGAUCCUAAAUAGACAGAUUUUAAAUAGAAAAAAAAUAGAUCAAUAGUAGAUCAAUAUUCAAUGUAAAAUACCGAAAGACAGUAUUAACAUAAAAAAAAUUAACGCCUACUUUAAAAUACUCAAUACUUAACGUGAAUACUUAAAAAUUUUUUAA